AUGUUGGCCAGAUUUUCACUGCUCUGGACCAGGGUGAUUGUGAGCUGCUGGCUUGUGACUUUGUCUCAUAAGAAGAAGUGUGUGAUGUCAAUGUGCUUUGUCCUUUUGAAGUGUAGGGGAUCAUUCACAAUAGCAUGUGCACCAGAUGAGUCACUGUGCAGGACUGGUACAUUCCAAUCAAGGAAUAGCUUUCCAUCACAGGAGUGGAUGAUUGACAUUCUGGCAUUUACUUGUACUCCUGUCAUUGUUGGUGCAGAUUGUUCCAAUUUGCCUAGGAACAUUGAGGUCCAGAUUAGCUCUCUCACAGCUCCUGCCAGCACCACAUACUCUGCUUCCACAAAGCUGUUCACCACUGUCAGUUGA